CGACCGGGAUGGCAGCGCGGCCCCUUUCCGCGUCUUUGGAGCCCAGCCCUGGGCCCCUCUGGUCUCCCUUGCGCCCCUCCUUCCAUCGCCGCAUGCCCCCCUCCACCCCGCUCUGCACGCUUUCGCCUUUCUCCGUGCAAACGCCUCUUCCAGAGCACCCCUGCCUCGCUCUCCAGGCACCCCUCCCACGCUGCCCCCGCCCUGCUUUUGCACCUCGGCCCUGCAUUUCUCCUCUUCCUGGUCCCUUCCCUUCCUCUCCCCUCCCAUACCCCUGCGACCCCUCCCUCCUGGGCCCCAGCCCCUUCUCCCCUCACGGGUCAUUUCUGCCCUGGCCCCGCAAUUUUAGCCUGUCCCCUGCCUCUCCUGUCUUAUCUCACGCCCCGCCUCAGGGUGGGAGCAGGUUGUGGGGCGGCACAGCUGGGCUCACCCCAAAGCAGAACCUUUUCCUCAGGAGGACGGUGGGGAGGCCUCCAAACCACCCCUCCCCCGUGUGACAGUUGAGGGCUGCAGCUUGCAGAGGCAGAAGUGAGCUCACUGCCCUGUACUCCAGGGGACCCGAGUGCCGACCCGGGGUGACCCAGCUCCUCUGCUACCAUGAACAGGGCCCCUCUGAAGCGGUCCAGAAUCCUGCACAUGGCGCUCACGGGGGCCUCUGACCCCUCCGGAGAGGCCGAGGCGGGCGGAGAGAAGCCCUUUCUGCUGCGGGCACUGCAGAUCGCUCUGGUGGUCUCUCUCUACUGGGUCAUCUCCAUCUCCAUGGUGUUCCUUAACAAGUACCUGCUGGACAGCCCGUCCCUGCAGCUGGACACCCCCAUCUUCGUCACCUUCUACCAGUGCCUGGUGACCACGCUGCUCUGUAAGGGGCUCAGCACCCUGGCUGCUUGCUGCCCUGGUGCCGUGGACUUCCCACCCCUGCACCUGGACCUCAGGGUGGCCCGCAGCGUCCUGCCGCUGUCGGUGGUCUUCAUCGGCAUGAUCACCUUCAAUAACCUGUGUCUCAAGUACGUGGGGGUGGCCUUCUACAACGUGGGCCGCUCGCUCACCACGGUCUUCAACGUGUUGCUGUCCUACCUGCUGCUCAAGCAGACCACCUCCUUCUACGCCCUGCUCACCUGCAGCAGCAUCAUCGGCGGCUUCUGGCUUGGCGUGGACCAGGAGGGCGGGGCUGAGGGCACCCUGUCUCUGCUGGGCACCAUCUUUGGGGUACUGGCCAGCCUGUGCGUCUCGCUCAACGCCAUCUUCACCAAGAAGGUGCUCCCGGCGGUGGACGGCAGCAUCUGGCGCCUGACCUUCUACAACAACGUCAACGCCUGUGUCCUCUUCCUGCCGCUGCUCCUGCUGCUGGGUGAGCUGCAGGCCCUCUGGGGCUUCGCCCAGCUGGGCAGCGCCCACUUCUGGGGCACCAUGACGCUAGGCGGCCUGUUCGGCUUCGCCAUCGGCUACGUGACCGGCCUGCAGAUCAAGUUCACCAGUCCCCUGACCCACAACGUGUCGGGCACGGCCAAGGCCUGUGCCCAGACGGUGCUGGCCGUGCUGUACUACGAGGAGGCCAAGAGCUUCCUGUGGUGGGCAAGCAACGCCAUGGUGCUGGGGGGCUCCUCUGCCUACACCUGGGUCAGGGGCUGGGAGAUGCAGAAGGCUCAGGAGGAGCCCAGCCCCAGAGAGGGAGAGAAGAGCACCCUGGGGGUGUGAGCUCCUCUGGGGACCCUCGGGGGACUACAAUGGAGGGCCAGGGACAUUGUUCACAGACCUGAGCCAAAGGCCGGUGAAAAGCAACCAGUGUUUUCAAACAGCGUACAAAGUUGCCAAACCAGUCUCUACCCCAUUUCCUGCUUCUGGGUUUUUGUCCUCCUGGAGGGAGGACCCCAGUGGAAGAAGCACCCCUCCUGCCCCUCCCAGGGCCUGUCUACCUCCACAUCACCCCCGGGGUUGGAAGGAGCUGCAGUCUCUAAGGGGCCAUAUUGGUGAAGCUGGGAGGGCUUCUCAUACUCAUGGGGAGAUGAGGUGUGCCCCACCACAGCCAGCUCAAAGGGCUGGGGAACCUCACGUCUCGGGGCCCUGGGCAGACAGCGCAGCUCUGGCCCCACCCCAGCCUUCUAGUGGAGGGAGUGUGGGCUGGGCUGACCGGCAAUGGGCAGUGUUCCCUCUUCUCUGCUCUGAGACCAGCAGGCCCAUGGGAAGGGGGUGAAGGGGCCACUGUGCCCAGGACUGGCCCCAGCACCCCCUAAAGGCUGCUGGAAGUGGCGGGAAUGGGGUGGAUCAUCGGAAAGUACCAACCAUCUGUACCCCAUGUUUUCAAAAAUGGUUCUGGCUAAGCAGGGUCAUUAACCUUCGCGCAUGCCCUGACCCCAGGCAGUAGCCCUUGCACAUGGCCUGGCUCAGGUAACAGCCUCCCCUGCUCCCCAGUGGCUCCCACUGCCCCAGCCCUGCAGGGGAGGCAUGGCCAGAUUGUGGGCCUCUUCCCUGGGGACAGUGGUGAAUAUCUCCUCCCUGAGAUUGGGGCUGAAGAACCACCUGGGCCCAACCGCAGGGCACUGGGAAGAUGAGGCACCUGUGCUUCACUGUCCACAGUGGCCUCACUGUCCUCACCAGGCGGGCGGGGACAGGGAGCUCUCCAGGGUCCCUUUUAUUAUAAGGGCACUAAUCUCAUCCCUGAGGGCUCUGACCCCAUGGCCUGUUCCCCUCCAAAAGCCUUGCCUCAUGAUACCAUCCCCUUGGAGAUGAGGAUUCCUACGUGUGAAUUGGGGGCGCUGUAAUAGGCCACAGGACUCCCUCACCAGCGCCUCCUGCCCUCAGGGUGGCUUUCACUCCCCAUCCCUCCUGUUGGACAUCUCGUAUGUCCCAUCUCCUUGGAGUGACUUGUUUUUUUUAGAGGUUUUAGCUAUAGGGCACACACACUCGCUGGAGAGACAGAAAGCAAGAAAUCACCCCCC